AGGGUAGGCGGUGCUGAACUUCUACUCCGCCAGUCCCUUCAGUUGGAGCCGGUGGUACUUGUGGGAACCUGAGCAGUAUAAAACCUUAAGCUGGGUAAUACCUUCUGUCCAGCAGGACAAUCUGUGAGCGAUACUCUCUCUCACCUGUUGGUCAUGCGCAAAUUCCGCCCCGAUCAAGCGCAGUGAGCCGGUACCUGUGGACCACGCGCAGCUGUUUUUGACAUCUCGAGUCAUCAAGUGAGAAUGAGCAAGAAGGACUCUGGAGUGCAGAUCAUCUGUGAAGUCCUCACAAGCCAGAACGAAGAGGAUGAGGAGCCCAGACUCUGUGGUGUCUGUGGAGAUCUGGCCAAUGGUUACCAUUUCAAUGCUUUGACCUGUGAAGGCUGCAAAGGGUUCUUCAGACGUACCAUAAAGAGGUCGGCGCAGCUCCAGUGUCCGUUACUGAAUAAAUGCGUUAUAACAAAAAACAGCCGCAGGUCGUGUCAAGCGUGCCGCUUCCGCAAAUGCCAGGCCAUUGGCAUGCGCAAAGAGAUGGUCAUGUCUGACGAAAAGGUUUCGGAGAGGAGGGUCCAAAUCAAGAAGAAGAAGAUACUCGAUACACCAACACAGCUUUCAUCCCAACAAGAAAAAAUGAUUCAGGAACUACUCUGUGGCCACCGCAGCACCUUCGACUCAACAUUUUCCCGCUUCUGUUGCUUCAGGCCUAUGGACCGAAACAUCUUUCCUGUGAAUGAGUACAAGCAGUCGGCAAGCAAGGCCUUUCACCCUCUGACCGAGUGCCAUAGAAACUGCUGCACUACACCGAGUAAAUCUGCCUCUGACCCCACAUCAUCCUCAUCCUCCAGCUCCUGCUCUUCAUCUUCCUCCCAUUUCCAUGGUUCCAUUAGUAAACAAGAAAACCACAAAGAGAACAAGGUGGAAAACAGCUGUGUUUUCACCGCUCUUCCACACGUGGCCGAUCUCACAACAUACAUGAUCCAGGAGGUCAUUAGCUUUUCCAAAACUCUCCAGGACUUCCGGUCUCUUACCAUGGGGGACCAAAUAUCUCUGCUGAAGGGAGCCACAUUUGAAAUCAUGCAGAUCCGCUUUAACAUGGUGUUUAACUCCAAAACAAGCACGUGGGAAUGUGGCAAUAUUACAUACUGCAUACAUGAUGCCGUACGAGCGGGAUUUCAGCCGCUCCUGCUGGAGCCUCUGUUCAAAUUUCACCAUACCCUGCGCACACUGGAUCUGCAGGAGGAAGAGUAUGUUCUCAUACAAGCCCUGUCCCUGUUUUCUCCAGACCGUCCAGGCGUGCAGGAGUACAGCGUGAUUGACAAGGUUCAUGAAAACUUGGCGCUGACACUAAAAACGUGGAUUGACUGCAAGAGAACAGGCCCAGAAAAACACUUGCUGUACCCCAAAGUGAUAGCCUGCUUUACAGAGAUGAGAACAAUGACUGAGGAGUACAGCAAACAGAUUCUGCAGAUACGGGACAUCCAGCCUGACACCAUCUCUCCUCUCAUAAUGGAGGUGGUCGGUAAAAGCUCAUGUAAUGACUUAUGACGUAUCUGCUACAUGAAGAGCACGAGCACCAUCAGACCAACGCUCUUCAUUGACGGGGAAGCUUAAAUUAAAUUGUCCUGUUGUUUUACACGUGUCAAAAAAGAAAAGAUUGCCUUUCUGCCACGUGUCUUAAAUAUUGAGGACUAAACUUUUAACAGGAUCAUAUGACAUGGUGAGAGGGAGUCAGUGCUGUAAUAACUAAUAAUUAAAAAGAGUCAGAAAAAGCUUUUUUUUCUUUUUUUUUUUUUAAUAUGUACAGUUGUGUUUGUUUUUUAGUUCUGUG